GACCGGGGAGGGUGCUGAGGAGGAGGUGAAUAACACAUACGUAGAUGAGACACAUCAGGGCGACUGUGCAUCUGUCUGGCUGAAGGAUCCUCCUCCUCCUCCUCCUCCUCCUCCUCAACAUGGUACUACGUGUUAAAAAGCAAACACUGAGCAAAUAGUAAAUAGAGAUGCAUGAAGCCACAGAGGAAAGGAGACGAAUGGAACUGAAUCAAGCAGAAGAGAAACUGAAGGAAAGCGAGGACCAACCUAACCUCGUGUCGUCCAAAUAGAGCCCCCGAACCGGGCUUGUUCCAAAGAGGGGCUGUGAUUAAACCCCUUCUCAGCCACCCACCCUCAAUCGAGUGACAGAAGCUCGCCUGCUCCGAGGGAAUAAGCAGCAAUACCAAUAGAUCACUGUGAACUGCGGCUGCUGUUCGCGAGGGAUUUAAUUUUGGUUUUUUUUUUUUUUUGCUUUCACAUUUUUCUUCCAGUUUUUUUUAAAGGUGUCUGCUAUUUUCCUGAUUCCAACUCUGUGCUAUUCCGCCUUCAGCUUCGCAGAUUGUUAAUUUUUACCUCAUCUCUCUCCUUCCCCCUUUCCUCCGAGGAAAGAAAAGGAUUAAAAGUUACAAGUAUUGUUAUCGUCGGGUUUGUAGGUUAUUCUCUCCCCACUCUCCCUUUGGUGUGUGUUGUAAAAGUAGCGAGUACUAUGUGCACCAACAUAGUUUACGAAUGGCUAAAAGCCCUUCAACUCCCCCAGUACGCGGAGUCCUUCGUGGAUAAUGGUUACGAUGACCUGGAGGUGUGCAAACAGAUCGGGGAUCCUGACCUGGACGCCAUCGGGGUCUUGGCCCCCCAGCACCGGCGCCGGAUCCACGACGCGGUAAGGAGGCUACGGGAGCAAGACGCCAAUGCCGCCGGCCUCUACUUCACCCUGGAGCCGCAGCCGCUGCAGCCCCAGCAGCAGCCUGGUUCCCCUUCCCCAGAAAUCUACACCAGUCACCUAGUGGAGCAGUAUGAGGGUCAGGCUUGGAGGGAGUCCCAGCCCGGCCAGACCCAAGGACCCAGGGGGGUCUCUAGGAACCAGAAAGCCGGGUCCCGGAGCAAGGAACUGGUGACUUACCCCAAACUCAAACUGAAAAUCAUGAUCAGGGAUAAACUCGUCCGGGAUGGAAUCAACUUAAGCAAGCCCCCGUACUCCAAUAAGGAUGGUUCAUUGGGAAACAUCGAUGACCUAGCACAACAAUAUGCAGAUUAUUAUAAUACCUGUUUUACUGAUGUAUGUGAAAGAAUGGAAGAGCUGCGGAAAAGAAGGGUUUCUCAAGACCUUGAUUUGGAGAAACCUGAUGCCAGCCCCACGUCACUACAGCUGCGAUCCCAGAUUGAAGAAUCGCUUGGCUUCAGUAGCACGCUGUCAACCCCAGAGACGGAGAGAAAGCUUCCUCUUCACAAAUCAAAUUCAGAAGAAGGCUCCAUAGGAAAAGGAGAUUGGAAAAAGAAAAACAAGUAUUUCUGGCAGAACUUCCGCAAGAACCAGAAAGGAAUAAUGAGGCAGACGUCCAAAGGAGAAGAUGUUGGCUAUGUGGCAAGUGAGAUAACAAUGAGUGAUGAAGAACGCAUCCAGCUGAUGAUGAUGGUAAAAGAAAAGAUGAUCACCAUUGAGGAAGCCCUUGCCAGGCUCAAGGAAUAUGAGGCUCAGCACAGGCAAUCAGGAACCUUGGAUCCUGCAGACUGGCCAGAUGGCUCUUAUCCGUCUUUUGAUGGCUCUUCCAACUGUAAUUCAAGAGAACAAUCGGAUGAUGAAACAGAGGAGUCGGUGAAGUUUAAGAGGUUGCACAAGCUGGUAAAUUCUACUCGAAGAGUCAGAAAGAAACUCAUUAGGGUGGAAGAAAUGAAAAAACCCAGCACUGAAGGUGUGGAGGAUCACCCGAUUGCCAGCUCCCCAAUCCUGGAUGAAAGGUCAGCUCUCUACUCUGGAGUUCACAAGAAGCCAUUCUACUUCGAUGGCUCCAAUGAGAAAUCACCAGAAGAUGACUCGGACUCCUUCACCACCUGUCCUUCAUCCAGCAGUCUGGACACUUGGGGUGCAGGCCGAAAGCUGGUUAAAACCUUUAGCAAAGGAGACGGCCGUGGCCUGAUAAAGCCUGCUAAAAAGAUGGGGACAUUUUUCUCCUAUCCAGAGGAGGAGAAGACCCAGAAGGUCUGCCGUUCCCUCACCGAUGGGGAGAUGAAGAAAGGUCUCGGCUCCUUAAGUCAUGGGAGGACCUGCAGUUUCGGAGGAUUUGACUUGACGAAUCGUUCUCUGCACAUUGGGAAUAAUAAUUCUGACCCAAUGGGUAAAGAGGGAGAUUUUGUGUAUAAAGAAGUAAUCAAGUCACCAACUGCCUCCCGCAUCUCUCUUGGAAAAAAGGUGAAAUCAGUGAAAGAGACAAUGAGGAAAAGAAUGUCUAAGAAAUACAGCAGUUCUGUUUCUGAGCAGGACUCCAGCACUGAUGGAAUACCGGGGUCUCCCCAGUCACCUCAACCUGAUAAAGAGUCCCUGGAAAAACCUAAACUGAAAGCUGGUGGGUCUGUGGAGAGUCUGAGGAGUUCUCUCAGUGGUCAGAGCUCAAUGAGUGGUCAGACGGUGAGUACAACUGAUUCCUCAGCCAGUAACAGGGAGAGUGUCAAAUCUGAAGAUGGUGAUGAUGAAGAGCCUCCCUAUCGAGGGCCUUUCUGUGGGCGAGCAAGGGUUCACACUGACUUUACACCUAGUCCUUAUGAUACAGACUCCCUCAAGCUCAAGAAAGGUGAUAUUAUUGAUAUAAUCAGCAAGCCUCCAAUGGGUACCUGGAUGGGAUUGUUGAACAACAAAGUUGGUACUUUCAAAUUUAUCUAUGUGGAUGUGUUAAAUGAAGAGGAAGAGAAACCCAAGCGCCCCACUAGGAGAAGGAGAAAAGGAAGACCACCACAGCCCAAAUCUGUAGAAGAUCUGCUUGACAGGAUCAACCUAAAAGAACACAUGCCCACCUUUCUGUUUAAUGGCUAUGAGGACCUGGACACCUUCAAGCUUCUGGAAGAAGAAGACUUGGAUGAGCUAAACAUCAGGGACCCAGAGCACAGAGCUGUGCUCUUGACAGCAGUGGAAUUGUUACAAGAAUAUGACAGUAAUAGUGACCAGUCAGGAUCUCAGGAGAAACUUCUCAUUGACAGCCAAGGCCUGAGUGGGUGCUCCCCAAGAGACUCAGGUUGCUAUGAAGGCAGUGAAAACCUGGACAAUGGUAAGACUCGGAAGGCUGUACCGACUAAGUCAACCAUGGAUCCUCACUUUAAAGAUUUCGACAGAAAUCAGCUGGCCAGCUACCCGACAUUGCCUUUAACUAAGUCAGUCAAAGCUUUGAAGGAAGGAGAGAAGGAAGCCCGGCUUAUCAAGAUUCAUGCUUCUGACGCCUGCGGUGAGCCAAGUGUGACCGACUCCAAGACAAACCGUAGAAGCUUACCAGUCUCCAUCUGUCGGAGCUGUGAGACCCUGGAGGGCACUGAAGCCACAGAGACUUGGCCAAGGUCCCAUUCCCUGGAUGACCUUCAAGGAGAGCCUAGUGCUAAACAAGAUGUGCCUAAAAAGGAAGCAGAAUCACCGCCUCAGAACGUACCAGAAGUGCCCCAAAAGACAACUGUUUGCAACCUGAAGGCAAAAAUUCCCUCAGAUGUCUCUUCUGUACAAGACCCACUGCUACUGACCCAAAGCGUGAGAUUUUCUGAUCCUCAGAAAAUUAAAACUAAGACAUCAGACUGCCCAUCCACAGUCUCUUCACAUGGGACAAUUCCUUGUUUGCCUAAAAAUUAUGAAGCUCAGCCUGCCUCAGUUAAACAGACUUUAACAAGGACUCCUCUAGAGGGUCACAAAAAAGGGCAUGAUCUUGAAGGAACAAAUAACCCUCCAGUCACCAAAGAAGGGGUCGAAGUGGAUCAGAGGGUCACUGAGGCAAGAACACAGCCAAAAAUUCCUUCACAGCCUCCACCUGUUCCUGCCAAAAAGAGCAGAGAACGCCUCACUAAUGGACUACACCAUGCACCCGUUGCCCAUACUGGUGCCUUCUCUAAUCCAGAUGUACCAUGCUUGCCAGUUAAAAAGAAUAGUCCCAUUAGCCCUAGUGACUGUCAUACAAUAACAGUUUGUAGGUCUUCCCCAGAACAAGAGCCUGGCAGCCCUCCAACCACACGGCCACCAUGGCUGUCUGAACUCCCAGAAUCCACUAGUAUUCAACAGCAUGGAGUCAAGCUGGGUCUUCCUUUGACAAGGAAGAUCUCCUGUGCCAGAGGAGUAGAUCUGGACAUGUUGGUAGAGAACAAGUUGCAAACUGAAGGUAUCGAUCUCACUGAGGAACCAUAUUCUGAUAAGCAUGGCCGUUGUGGGAUUCCCGAAGCUCUAGUACAGAGGUAUGCUGAAGAUCUAGGUCAGCCAGAGAAAGAGAUUGCUGUGAAGAUGGACCAAAUCCGAGUAAAGCAGCUUAGGAAGCAGCACCGGAUGGCGAUCCCAAGUGGAGGACUCACAGAAAUCUGCAGAAAACCCCUUUCCCCAGGAUGUGUGACCUCAGUCUCUGACUGGCUGAUUUCCAUUGGCCUGCCUAUGUAUACCGGCAUCCUCACAGAAGCAGGGUUCAACACACUGAGCCAAGUGCCUUCUCUGUCACAGACUUGCCUUCAGGAUGUUGGCAUCACAGAGGAGAGACACAUAAGUAAGCUUGUAACGGCAGCCAGACUCUUCAAACCACCCCUGAACCCGGAAGCCAUGUAACUGAAAGUGGGCAUCCCAUCAACAUCCACUACCCUUUCUUUCACUGUGCUUAAUAAUACCCGUGCAAUUUCUACAAAUGGCCUCCAGAAGAGCAGGGCCAGCCUUGGGCCGGCUCCAAUGCAGCCAAGUGAAAGCUCGACCAAGAACUGGAAACUUUCUUCUUAGUGAAGACAAAUAACCAGGGCCAUCCUCUUUGUCCCCCAAAGGAAAGUCAAGGAAGUAUUUUCAUUUUGGAAGUUCAUGGGAACCGCCUUGCAAACCUGUGACAGAUGUCAUUUGCAAAUCUGUCUUUUUAGGGUAGGAUAAGAGUGGGUGAGUUGUUUGAGGGAGCUAAGCCCAUUUCCCAAUGUUAUCGGAACAUCAUUCUCCUUCCUGUUGCUCUGUAUAGUACUGAGCGGCCAAACAGGUUUUAGCUAGGCCAAAGUAACAGACUCUGGAGUUAGUUUACAGUAUCGCUCAUUUUCAGUUACUCAUGGGUAAUUAAAUGAGACUGGCACCAGGAACAAGAAAAGUCUUGUUUUGGGUUGGUUUGGUUUUUUUCCCUUUGAUAAAGCAAGUCAUUCUAUAACAAUUGCUUUCUAGCAAUCAGCUUUUUAUUUGCCUUAACAUAAGCUCUUAAGCAGUAUCGUAACUAAUGUCCAGUCACCUGUAACCAUAUUUCUCAAUCUUCAGCUUAGACUGCCAUCUAACAUCCUGGGAUGUUUCUGGACAAAAACAAACAAACAAAAAACUGGCUUUUUAAAGUCUCACUUUAAGAUGGCCAGUGUUUAGGGUUGUUUUUCCAUGGCGUUCAUGUUGGGUUUCAGUUGUUAGACUAACAAAAUCAGUAAAUAUGUCUACAAUUUACAGAGAUAUCUUUUCUUGUGUGUGUAUACGUGUGUGUGUGUGUGUGUGUGUGUUUGCAGUAACUGCCUUUCAUUUUAAUAAUUUUUAAUACUGUUACCGUAUCAAUCAUACUCCAGCAUCGACUUGGUAUUAUGACCACAGCCAUUCCAGACUUUAUUUUAUCUGCUCAUGGGUCAUCUUUGUAAAAGCCAUUAAGAGAUUGAAUUGUUCAGGAUGAGGUUUCAAAGAAGGAAACAAGUUCAUAGGUUGUUUUUAGUUUUGGUUUUGUUUUUGGAGAGUUAAGGUGUUUAUGUUGCAUUUUUUAAAAUUGCUGUCUUUUUGUUUUCUGGAUGCUUCUUGUAUUUCAAAGAAAGUUUCAUUUAUGGAGGGUCAGACAAAUUAUUUUUAGCCAUAUCUGUUAAGGAUUUACAUGUAUUCACAAACUGAUGUAAAAUAUUUUAAUAAGGUCCAUCUUUUUGCAGCUUAAUCUCUUGUUUUCUAGCAGAUGCCGAAUGCAAAGAACCUACCCAUUAGGUAGGGUUAUGCUAUAUGCCCCCCAGUGCCAUCUGUUUUUUAACUUCCUAUUAAAGCACUCAUUUGUACAAUAGAUGUCACAGUCACAAUUUUGAUAACUUUGAAUGGACACCGGGCUUUGCUUAGUCAAUAGUUACAAAUACUUUCAUUUAGCCAUGAAAUUCCCCAUGAGAAAUUAUUUCAUUAUGUCCAAAGCAUCUUUCCGUAUUCCUUCUAUCAUUGUCAGCAAGUUUUUGAAGUAAAGGAGAGAAUCUUUUUGAUGACUUUUUUAGGGGAAAAUUAGGCAUUACUGAAUGCUUUGGUCAGUGGCAAGACUUUCAUUUAAAAAACAACAACAACAACAAAGCAACCACUAUAUUAACUUUGGUUUUUUUGUUGCCAUUUUAUUUUCAAUGAUUUGUUUCUCAGUAACAUUCAGCUUUUCCAAGAUCUGAUAUAAAGGAGAUGCUGGGACAUAGCCUAAGAACAGUUAAAGCUGUCAGCUUUAUAUUUAAUGCUAAUUAGCAUGUCAUUUUAUCCCAAUUAAGCACUUGCAUUCAUGUGUCUCCGGAGCUUCGUAUUUAUGUAAACAUGGCUUAUUUAGGGUGCCCAGAGGUUGGGGGUUGCUAGUGUGACCAAAUUAUUUGAAAAUGUUUCAGGAGAUAAAUCAUGAGAUAGGAGUUGGGAAGUGGGCUCUUUUCCUCCACUAGCAAUUGGAAGAAUAAGACAGAAGGCACUCUUUGGAAGCUCUCUGUAAGCCACCAAGAGUACCACAGUUUGAAGACCUGUGAGACAGGAUCAGAGAUAAAUUGCAUUUGACAAAUUCCAGGGAAGGAAAUUUUAUCUGAAUUAUUAAAUUCCCCCCCUCCCCCGCAGUAGAUAUUUUGUUUACUAGAAUCAAGAGAAAUAGAAACUUUUGAGCAUUUCAGAGACUCUGUGUCACCUUGCCUUUAAAAUGAUGAUUACAUUGGGGAGGCAGGGGAGGUUUGAACCAAAUCUAGGAAACGUCAUAUAAUUUUAAGAAGUUGGGGGGAGGGGUUUCCAGUUUAAUUAAUCUGGGAAAUGUGUGCUUUCAACCCUGGCUUUUCUGUGGUUUUAUAAUUUGUUUUAUGUUUGAUCUCCUUUUGCUUUAUACUUUUAACUUGAUCCUCGAAAAGCCUUAAGUUUCUGUGUGUGGUUGUCAGCUGAGGUUUGAAUGGUCAGCCUAUGCACUUCAUCUGACAGGUGGGAGGUUUCAGUCAUAUCACAUUUUUAAUUAAUUCUCUGUUGGGAGCAAUUCUUGAGCAAAAGGAUUGUAAAGCUUGUUGACUGUUGGAAAGCACAAAAGAAACCUACUGAACAAGUUCUGGCUCUGGCAGAUACUUGUUACAUGUCCACCUUGUGUAAUUUUAACUUCAAAAGUUGUCUGGCAAGAGCCAGUCCCAAAUACUGUUUACAUUCCCAGAUGAUUUAGCUAACACAUAACCUUUCGCCAAUGCCCUGUUCUUCUCAAAUCUAAGUUUGGGUGAAAUCAUAAGAUUCCUUUAUUGGAAAAUAGUUCCUUUCCCUAAGCAUGGCUGGAGAGGUCAGUUCACCACAAGGCUGGUGGCUUCUCAUUUGCAAGGGAAAAAAAGAUUGUACUCUGGGUCCAAGUUACCUUGAUUCUCAUUUGUCACGUUUAGGGGAAACAAAAACUUGUCAAGCAAGUGAUAUUAACAACUAACAAUGUUGCACUUUCUGUAUAUGAAAUCAAUAUUUAAAUAACUUAUUUUUCUCCAUUGCUGUUCUUAAACAAUGUAAGUAGCUGUAAGAUACCAGUACCGAUAUGGUCUUGCAAUUUGCUUCAGCUCAAGAAAGCGGUGUAUUGUUUUUAAAAAAAAAAGUGUAAAAAGUUAUUGUGCUGUUUCAUUUAGCAAAAAAAAAGUGGACAAAAGGGUUUUCCUGUGUAUCAAAACUUGUCUAUAAUUGUCAUUUUCUGUUGAUAGAAAAAAAGGUAAAUAAAUUUCUUCAGCUGAGUA